AGUGAAGUACUUUUAGUUCUUUGCUGUACUCUCUAAUAGCUGAAGUUAAAAAUCUAUGUGUAGCCCAAACAAACAUGGCUGACUAUAUAGGACAACUUGUUUAUGAAUAAGGACGAAAUAGCAAUUUUUCUUGUUAUGUAUGGCUAUCUUUUGUCGCUAGAAUUACGUCGAAACACCAACUGAGAAUAUUUCUGAGUCAGGAAAUUCAUUUAUCUUUCAAUUCUUCACUUUGAUUACAAAUUUUAUGGGGGAAACACGUCAGCACUGCUCGUAACGAGAUGCUUACGGGAAGAAUUUUGACCUGGAUUCUGGCAUAACCAGCCGUCUGAAGAAUUUUGGCCAGACCAUCAUACUUGUUAUAUAUGUGCAUUAUUGAACGCUGAACUGAUUCAUUUUUCUUUUAAACGCCACCCUUUUUCUUUUGAACUCUUUUAUCAUUUUAACAUUUUUAUUUGGAUGAGUUUCUGAUUUCUACUGAAAUGUCAGGCAUCGUUCUAAGACCAAUUGAUGGAGGCGAAUCUAUCACCGUUCCUACAGAUUCACAGACCGUUAUCGGUCGAGGCAACUUUUUACAGGUUCUUGACAAGCGAGUGUCUCGUAACCAUGGCAUGCUGGAGGUAGUAGAUGGGACAUUGUUUCUUACACCGACACAUGCAAAUCCCUGCUUUUACCAGAAAAAAGGAACAAAAGAUAGAUUAGCUUUACCCAAAGACCAGCAGAAACGGUUGGAAGCAGGUGACAUGUUUGGUUUGCUGCAAGACAAAUUUUUUUAUGAAGUUACAUAUGGCACCGUCCAGAAUGGCAAGGUUGAGCAGAAAGAAUUGUCAACAACUGAGAAGGAUGGGAAAGAGGUGAAGAAGGAUUCAAAUAAAGAAACAACAGAAAAAGAUACAGUAAAGAAAGAAGAAAAGCCUCCAGAGAAAGAUGUAAAGAAAGAAGUGAAAGACGAGGAGAAGAAGAAAGAUGCCAACAAAUUAAAUGAUACAAAACCUACAGAAGCUUCCAAAGAGACAUCACCUGAAGCUGCAGCAACUAAAGACAACAGUAAUACAGCAGUAAAACAGGAAGAAAAAGCCAGCCCCACAUCCAAAGAAGACACCAAGAAAGAAUUAUCUGAUGCUCCCAACUCCAAAAAACGAAAACUUUCUGAAGCAGCAGAUAACACAAGUGAGACAACUACCACAGAAACACCUGAACAGAAAGAAAAACCACAAAAGGCAAACACACGAAGUGGAGGACGUGGUCGACCUCCAAAGAAAAACAAGCCAAAAUAUGUAGAGUCUGAUGAGGAUAUAGAUGAGGUGAAAACGCCAAAGAGACGGAGGCGUGCGGCGAAAGCAGAGGUAGAAGAAGCUGGGAGUAGUGAAUCAUCUCCACCUGCUCGACGGCCAUCAAGAGCAGCUGCAGCAAAGAGAAACAGUUAUGUUGAUGACUUCGUUAUUGGAGAUGAAUACAGUGAUGAUGAUCUAAGAUAUCGGCGCAGGACAUAUAAGGAAGAUGAUGAUGAUGAUGAAAACGAUGAAGACUUUAUUGCUUGGGAUGAUGAUGAUUCAGGCAGUGACUGGGAAAAGAAGAGAGGCACAAGUCGAGGACGAGGUAAAGGUCGGGGCAGUCCAAAGAAAUUGUCGCUGAAACCAAGAGGCCCUGGAAAGAGUGUAGGACGAAAACGACGAAGGCGAAGGAACUGUGACGAAGAUUCUGACGAAGAGCUGGACUCAUACAUUCCUAGACCGAGUCGAAGAAGGGCUGCGGCUCGAGCACAAAAAGAGGAGGAGGAAGGAGAAGAAGAGGAGGAAGAGGAAGAAGGAGAAGAGGAAGAGGUGGAGGAGGAAGAAGAGGAAGAGGAUUCAAGCAAGAAAGCUGGACCCGAGAAAAAAGAAAGAGUUCCAUGUCAAUAUGGAGACAAGUGUUUCAGGAAGAAUGCCUCCCAUCUAAAGGAGUUCUCACAUCCUUGUGAUGAAGAUGUGAAAGGGACAGAGAAAGAUGUUUCUCAAACUGGAGGUGAGGAACAGGAGAGGAAAGAGAGGAAAAAUGCCAACAAACAAGAAAAGCCUGAGUGUCAGUAUGGAGUUGCAUGUUACAGAAAAACUGCCCAGCACCGGAAAGAAUACAAGCACACAAUACAGCCAGAGCCAGUCAACCGGCCAAAAAGAAUGACAACAACACUUAAAGUGACUGGAGGUGAUGAAGAUUUCUCUGACCAGCCUCCAUCUGAUGAAGAAUCAAUGGAUGAAGAUUCUGAAUGGGAACCUGAAGCUGCUUCUGCUGGUGGGCCAAAAGUAAAGGGUUCAGCAGCGCAAAAAAAAGUGAAUGCAUAAAACAAAAACAAAAAAAUAAAUAAAUGAAAUUUAAAAAAAAAUUAACUGAAAAAAAAAAAA